CUUGCCUACUACGUCACCUAUCACAACCGCACCAGUUGAACGAGAACUUGGAGAGGAAGCGGUGUGGAUACGUGGUCACUGGUCGUUGUUCAUAGUUGUUGUUGUUUAUUGUAUAAGCCGUAUUUUGCCGUGUUUUGUAUAUUGUAAGGUUGUAGGACUAGACUGAUGUAUUUGUUUUUGAGAGCGCUUUUAUCUGUCGGGUGUUUGAUCGUCGUUACUAAAUGUCAAGAUUACAACGAAUACUGCAUGACGCCGAAUUCGGAGUACGGUUCAUGCGUGCUAGUGAGGGACUGCAGACCCAUGAUGAACUUCCUCCAAACUCUACAUAGGCCGGUACCGCAAAGCGUUACGAAGCAACUGAACCGGUACGUUUGCCGCUCCGGAAGCCCCGGCGCUCACGUUUGUUGCCCCAACGGUCCCAUAGUACUCCCUACGGGGAAUUCCAACAACGGACAACACCAUGGUAGCAGAUAUAACUGCAAGACGCCGAACGACGCCGACGGCUCCUGCAUAGUCGUGCGCCGGUGCAAGCCGAUGCUCGAAGCCCUGCAGUUCGUCGGGCGGCCGGUGCCGCAGAGCGUUUCUCAGGAGGUCAACAGGUACGUGUGCGGCAGUGACAACGGGGAGACCAAGAUUUGCUGCCCGGACGGGACGAUAACUCUAAAUGGGGGCGGUUCCGAUUCGGGUCCGCCGGACGUCUCCAGGCACAGGAAUUUGGGACUGUUGCCGUACGAUUGCGGGUACCUCGACGAUGCCAAUGACAAAAUAAGGAACGGUCAGAACGCUGAAUUGAACGAGUUUCCUUGGAUGGCUCUCCUUGGAUACAGAUCAAGCAAAGGCGUGCAGUUUCAAUGCGGCGGUACCAUCAUCAACGAAAGAUACAUCUUGACGGCUGCGCAUUGCAUUAAAUCUUCGCAGAAUCCUUAUACUGUCAGAGUGGGAGAGUACAAUCUUGCGACUCGAAAUGACUGCGUAACGAUGAUAAACGGUAAAGUAAAAUGCACUCCUGGAGUUCAGAAUGUGGCCGUAGAACAGAAUAUUGUACACCCCGAUUAUAACUCUUACACUAUAUCGAAUGACAUUGCUCUGAUUAGAGUGCACAAGAUAAACAUUAACUUAGAAAACAUUCGACCUGUUUGUUUGCCAUUGGGUGAUCUCAGAAACUCGAAACCAUCGUAUUACAUAGUGACAGGAUGGGGAGUAGUAGAUAUCGAGUCAGGCAGAACUAGCGACAUAUUGCAAAAGGUGAGCCUCAAAACGAUAGACCUGAAAACUUGCAGCAAUAUCUACAAGUCCCAGAGUCGGGUGAAACUUACCGAAAAGCAGAUAUGCGCUGGAGGAAAGAAUAACCAGGACGCUUGUCCGGGAGAUAGCGGAGGGCCCAUUCACGAGGCCACGUUCUUCAACGAAGCAGCCAGGUAUAUCCAGCAAGGUGUUGUAUCUUUUGGUCCGAGAGAAUGCGGCUUAGAAGGGUAUCCUGGAGUUUACACCAACGUUGCUUAUUAUAUGGAUUGGAUUUUGGAUAAUUUGAAACCUUAGGUUAUUUUUUUGUACGCGAAAGGUUGUAAAACCAUUUUAAAUUUAAGUUACUUAAGCAGGUCGAUUCGAUAUAACCCAAUCUAACAAUCGAUUCCAGGAGUGUUAGAAAUCGAUACUUUCUGUUAAGGGAAAUCAAAUCGGUUCAUUUUACUCAUAAUUCAGUGGAAUCUGCGCUCAAUUCGAAUAUUUUUUUCAUCGACAAAGGUACGAAGGUACUUAAUACAACAAAGAUCUCACUUUUUUCUUACAUACAAUGUAUUAUGCAAAACGCGAAACUGUAACAAACAUCCAACAAGAGAAAAUACAACUUAAAAGCGACUUUUUUUUAUAAAAAAAUAAUUACGAGAAUUGGCAAAUCAACUAAUCAUACUUACGACAACUAAGUAACUAAACAACUAAAUAAAAGGAACGCAAAAACGAGGGGGUUUCUUUUUCUAACUUAACGUACUUUCCACAGCCAUUUUAAGGAGUUUCGCCUCCUUCACGUGCCUGAACGGAGGAUUGCUUUUGAUGAAAUUAUUCAAUUGCUUCAUCAGCUCACUUAGCAAUUUGGGAAUGAAUUGCUUCGUCGUCGGACAAUCCAUGGAAAGCGACAAAAACGCUGCCCGGAUGUAACUGAAAACAAUUAAAUAGAAAAUUAACCAAAGAGAACAAAAACAUUAAACAGAAAUCCCAAAUUGACAAAAACUAUUGCUUCAAUAUAAUCACACAACAAAAUUUAAUUGUCUCUAACCUAUUUCUAAUUAUAAUAAGAACUAUUUACUCAUAAUUCCUUUGAAGCACAGAAAUAAGAUGAAAAUUUUAACCCACGACCCAUUAUUGUUGGUGUUCGUGCAGUCCAAAUUGUUGAUAAUGGUUCAUUAAUUGUCCAUCAUUGCAGGCAAUCGCUACUUUUUGAUCAGUGAAUGAUGCUCGAUUAAUGAGACAGUAAUUCAUUGAUAAGCCAUUAAUCUUUAAUCAUUAUUACUAUGCAUUCAAGCAACUAAGUAAUAGUGUUUCAAAAGUACUGCAGUACUUUUAAUGGGAUAAACAGAGACCAAGCGACACGAGAUAAAUGGUACUAAAGACCCUACAAUAUGCUUCUAAAGAGAUUAACAAUCUUCCAAUUUGGACACUCACCUCAACUUCAAAUCGGUGUUUUUGUUCAAUUCCAUGCUGAGCUGCUGGAUGAGCGACAACAGGCAACUUUGAGGCAGAGCGCAUUCCUCGGAAAACAGUGUCUGGGUAUCGACGCGUUCGCACACGUAGAUCACGUAAUUCAAAUUCUCUGCGCUGAGGGCCAGCUGGAAGGCUUCGUGAUAGCUGUGCUUCGAUAGCGACAGUUGGAUUUGACUCAAUGAAACGAUCUGAAAUUGAAAUAUAUGGGUAAGUUCAUGUUGUUCGAAUACUUUUUAUGUAUUAACGUAAACAAAGUUCAUAGUUACUCCAUAACAACAAUAUACAACUGUAAAGUUAAAGAUACUCUUUAAAUGAUUGAUUUAGUUUGAAUAACCCGUGUAGCUGAGUCUAAUAAAUUGGAAAAAGAAAGAAUCGAUUGACUAUCGUUAAAAAGGAGCGCUGAGUAAGGGCCUAUGUUGGAGAUCUACAGCAAAAGCGUAACCUGGAUACUUACGUGUGAAUCAAUAUUAGGCGAUGGGGUCACAGCUCUGGAUCUUACAGCGUUCUUAACACUAUCUUCCAAAACGGACGCGUGACUUUUAAAUCCUUGCUUGAUUUGUUCCGCGACAAUGUCCCUAACGCUGUGCGACAACUUGUCGUUCAUACUGUAAACGUAAUUCCAAAAAUUAGAACACACAAUUAAUAAAUUUUAAUUCAUUCAGUUUCCAACCUUUUGAAUACGUUGUUGAAUUGCUUGUGGAUUUCAGCCGUUAAAGCGCCAGUUAGAUUUUCCGCGUUGCUUUUCAUGCUUUCCGAAACGGUUUGCAUUUGCAAAAUUAAAUCUUUUCCUUUCUCCUGUACUCGCCGCUGUUUGUCCAUGUAACUCUCCACGGAGGCAGUG